AAGAAAACAAUGGAAGAAGAGAGAGACAAAGAGAGGGUGGAUUGUGGAAGUCGAAUCAUGUAACUAAUUUGUACUAUAGCGUAGAAUUUUGGCAGCUUUUGCCGUUAGGGUAAUCGUGUAGCAGCUGUUAUUUUUUCCCUCUCAAAACGCAAAAAUUUGAAUACUCAAAUCUCAAACGUUCAAAUUCAAUGGACGAUACUUCUGCAAAUGAACACGCUCCUCACCACACGCCUCCUCCGCCUCUCGUAUCCGUAGCUCCCUUCUCCACCGCCGGGCGCCGCCUCUCUGCCACCUUCCAACGGCGGUCCAGCAUCCCUGUCCCUUCGGAUAAGCCUCCGGUGGCGUGGAUAUCCCUGCAGGGACGGCUGGUUAACACCGAGAAUGCCAGCUCAGCUAGAACCGUUGGGCUAACCGGAGAGGAGGCGCUUGCGUGGGAGCUCUUCACACCUGUUCAGAGGUUUCUGUUAGUUGCGGUUAUUGCCGUUGCAGUUUCUGAGUCCAAGAAGAACAAGCAGAUAUGGAACCUUAAGAAGUCCGUUGAGCUUAGGGACCAGGUGCUAUCAAGCAUGCAGCAGAAGCUUGACGAUCUUUGUGAGCAGUUAAACAGCACUAAAGAGCUCUCAACUGCUGCCUUCAACAAAUCAUCAAACAAGGAUGGAGAAUUGCAAUCGAGUGAGGCAUUUGACGCUGAGAAAAUCAAGUUUGUUGAUUGUGGUUGUUGGCAUUGUGAACAACAUUACGACCUUUUCAAUGAAUUGGGUGCAUCUAUUACAAGAGAUUCCAUUGGAAAUGAGUCUAUCCAAUGCAAGAAUUCUUUCUCUAAUGAAGAACAAGAGGAACGAAGAAUGUCUGAUUUGUCAGAUUGGGCUUCAAGUGUCACCUCUUCUGCAGAAAUUCAGUUAAACAACUUGGUUGUAGAACAAGAUAUUUAUAAUCUUAAGAGGGAUUGUGAAGAGAAAGAUGCAACAAUUAAGAAUCUAACCACCCUGAUGAAAUCCUCUGAGGCUGCUAAUUACAAGAGGGCUGCUGAACUAGAAGACAUCAUACGUAGGAAGAAUUCGACGAUCUCAAAAUUAAAGAAGGAUUUGGUGGUUCUAGAACAAAAGGUUAUGCAGCUUACCAGAGAACGCCGAGCCUCCUUCACUGCCGGUGAAUCCAACGGUAGCAGUGUGCUGCCUCAAAUGAGGGACAAUCUCAUCUAUGAUAUGGAUAGCACUAGCAGUCCUUCAUCUUCCGAUUCAGAUAGUACUCCAAUCAACAAUGCAAGAGAUACUCCACAUUAUUCGCCUUCAGCAAGGAAUCAGAAAUCUGCCCCUGCAAAAGUACCUAGAUCUCGAUCCGUGAGUCCUCUUAAAGAAGUUUCAAGUAACAGGAAAUUCAAUGCAGCCUCCUCUUCGAGCCAAAAGCAACUGUCAGCUCGUGGGGACUUGAAAAAGAGUAGAAGAAGGUCUCUUGGUGGGGCUAAGAGUGCAUCUGGACAUAAGAGAUGGGUGUAAGAUAUUUGGUAAGUAAUCAUGUCCUUUUGUUCACUCCUGAUACAACUUCUCUGUGGUGUUGAUUCUCAAAGUUGAUUUUUAAGGUAAUGAGUAAUGACUAAAGUGCAGGUGCCUUUUGUUUAUUCCUUGUCGGUUGAAUAAUGUUCUGUAAUUAUCCAACCCAAUGGAAUGGUGUCUACAGAAUGUAGUAAAGAUAUAUAUAGUAGGAUUAUAAUGAUAAUACUUGCAUGUAAGUGUUGUACUUGCUUGCUGCACAUUGGUAAAUUACUUCCA